UUCGUGGCGUCACUCUAACAAAAUUGUCUUGUUUUGUGGCAAAAAAUCCAGUAAAAACCAUGUCUCAGCGCUUUCCACCUUCAUCGGGUGCCCCUGUGCCUCCCGGUGGUCAGCCACGAUACCAGCCGGCGCCUCCACCGGGCAGUAUGAGACCGUAUGCUGGCCCCAAUUUUCCGCGUGGGUUCACGCCUCCGCCCCAGUUGGGCUCUGGUCCGCCACCCGGUGGCCCCAUGCACCCACGAACGCCGCAACCACCAUUUCAGGGCCCCAUGCGCAGCGCCAUGCCCAGCGCUCCUGGAGGGAAGCGUCCGCAGGACGGCCGGGUGGGCCCCAUGGGCACUCCGCAGCAGAAGAGCGAGUAUGGGCCGACGAAGAAGAAAAAGAAGCUGGCGGACAAAAUUCUGCCUCAGAAGGUGAGAGACCUCGUGCCGGAGUCUCAAGCAUACAUGGAUUUGUUGGCGUUCGAACGGAAGCUGGACGCUACAAUUAUGCGGAAGCGUCUUGACAUCCAGGAGGCGCUAAAGCGUCCUAUGAAGCAGAAACGCAAAUUGAGGAUUUUCAUCUCUAACACUUUCUACCCGAGCAAGGAGCCGAGCGAAGGCAGCGAGCCCGGAACUGAGGGCACCGUGGCGUCAUGGGAGUUGCGGGUAGAGGGUCGUCUCCUGGAGGACACCAAGAGCGAUCCGAAUAAGAUUAAGCGGAAGUUCUCGUCGUUCUUCAAGUCUCUGGUGAUUGAGCUGGACAAGGAGCUUUACGGCCCGGACAAUCAUCUGGUGGAGUGGCAUCGCACUCACACAACUCAGGAGACAGACGGUUUUCAGGUGAAGCGUCCGGGCGAUCGCAAUGUUCGCUGUACGAUUCUUCUAUUGCUGGACUACCAGCCGCUGCAGUUCAAGCUCGAUCCCCGGCUCGCUCGUCUCCUUGGCGUUCACACGCAAACGCGUCCGGUGAUCAUCUCUGCUUUGUGGCAGUACAUCAAGACUCACAAGCUGCAAGACGCCCACGAGCGAGAGUUCAUCAAUUGCGACAAGUAUCUGGAGCAAAUCUUCACGUGCUCACGCAUGAAGUUUGCCGAGAUUCCACAGCGCCUCAAUCCGCUCCUUCAUCCGCCGGAUCCCAUCGUGAUCAACCAUGUGAUCUCAGUGGAGGGUGGAGCGGAGAGCAAGCAGACUGCUUGCUAUGAUAUCGACGUGGAGGUGGACGAUACGCUGAAGAAUCAGAUGAAUAACUUCCUGCUGAGCACAGCCAGUCAGCAAGAGAUUCAGGGACUGGACUCGAAGAUUCACGAGACAGUGGAGACGAUUAAUCAGCUGAAGACGAAUCGGGAGUUCUUCCUCAGCUUCGCCAAGGAUCCACAGACAUUCAUCCACAAGUGGAUAAUUAGCCAGACGAGGGACUUGAAGACCAUGACAGAUGUCGUGGGCAACCCGGAGGAGGAGCGCAGGGCUGAGUUCUUCUAUCAGCCCUGGACACAGGAGGCGGUGUCGCGCUACUUCUACACGAAGGUGAAUCAGAAGAGGGCGGAACUGGAGCAAGCUUUGGGCAUUCGCAACUCUUAAGCUCGUCUGAUUCGCUUCACCAAUGUCCAACUGCUGAUGAGUGUCUAGUUGCAGCAGCACAAGAGGGGCAACGAAGAGGAAUGGGAAGAGAUUAUCUCUCCCGGAAAGAGUUUUAUCUCAAGCCA